CCUUCGGGCUACGAAGAGGACUUUGUGAAAGAAGUUGAAGAAGAUUUUCAAUGCCCCAUAUGUCAUUUACCGCUAAAGGAGCCAGUUCUUACUAGGUGUGGCCACAGAUAUUGCAAAGAAUGUCUUGACGAGCGCAUUGGAAGGUAAGAGUUUAUGACAAGCAGCUUUCAGUAUUGUUGUCCGUUUGCUCACUUAAUCUAAUCACCCUAGAGAAUUCAUGACAGAUCAUCAGAGUGUUUUAACUGAAUUAAAUCGCUGCCAAAGUCAAAGUCCAUCUAAUUAGAGGGUGGUUGUUGGUUGCAUGAUCUUAAACAUCAAUUUUAAUGAUAAUGACCACAGCAUUAAUUUACUUGGUGAUGCAAUUUUUCAGUUUCUAGAAUUAUUCCAAUCAAAAUGUACGCCUUACUUCCUCCAAAACGUAGCACGAUACAUUUUCUUGAUUAUCAAACGCAAUGAACGGGAUCCAUACGAGUUCAAAGGGCAAAAUGUCUUAGAAUCGAAAGCGGAAAUCGGUAGUGCAAUUAUCUACUGCAAGCGUGAUUGUUGUUCAAAGUUCAAAUCUUUUCUCCACAUUCACUACUUUGUUUUUAUAAGUGCUGCGAUACUACUGGCCUGUCGUGCUAUUCAAACUCUCAGUUCGUCUCAUUCGUCAUCCACAAGUUAAUUACUCGGCCAUUGAAUUACAUGAAUUUACAGAACUAUCUUACGUACCUUGUAAAUUGUGCCAGCGCAAUAAAAUAUACUCGCUCGGAAAAGUUCCAGCAAGGGCUUGGCGCACUGUUUGUAGCGACGGGCAAAUAUUUUUCUAAAGACACAACAGAACUAAUGAUCGAGUACCUUCGUUUCCGUGUUUAUCCAAUUCAAUAUUUUUGUUUCGAUAUUGUAGUUUCUGUGUGCUACAGUGGAAGUUGAUUUAGCAACGGUUGUUGUCAAUGUUGUUAAGUGGCGUCGACUGUAUUGAAUUAGAUAAAAGUGUUGGUUGAGAUGGGGUAUGAGAAUAAUUGCAGUACAUAUUUGCUUGCUUGCAUACUUCGUUACUUACUUACUUACCAACUUGUUUCUUUACCAUUCAUAAUGAUUUAAUUUUCUCUCAGACAGAAAAGUAAAGAGGAGUCUUUAACCUGCCCAACAGACAGAGAGAAUCUGGACCUAGACCUGGUAAGUAAACUUUUUAACUUCUGAAAAUUAAAUAAUGAUUCGCUUUCUGUUCAUAGAAUAUAUCUUACUUAUUUUUACUACCUAGUAAAGGCUCUUAUGAAGAGAAAACAAUUGUCACUUUAUAAAUUGACCCAUCUGGAUCUUGGUGACGUAAGAAUAAUAUUACUGUGAUUAUUUCUAAGGACAUUUUCCCCGAUAAAGCAACAGAAAGGAGGGUUCUCUCUAUGGCGAUCAGAUGUCCAAAUGAUGGCUGUGAAUGGACUGGGAAGCUGAGGAACAAGGAGGUAAAACUAACGCAUAUUUCGAUAAAUGUCAAUAAACAACUGUAUCAGCAUAAGUCAAUAUUUUCGUCUGUUGAAAUAAGCCACAGACACAGCUCAAGCUCCUACAUGACGAUGGGCUUGAUAAUUUUUAACUUCUCAUGAUCAAGGAGAGCAAGGAACCAAUGCCCAAACUAAAGUUGUUUUGCAGGUAAUUUAGUGUUAACAACUGGGUUGAAAACGUAAAUGAGCCACCGUAAAGGGUAAAAAGCUGACGUUUCGAGCGUUAGCCCUUCGUCAGAUUCAAUCGCUCUGACGAAGGGCUAACGCUCGAAACGUCAGCUUUUUUACCCUUUACGGUGGCUCAUUUACGUUUUCAACCCAGUUGUUAACACUAAUUACCUGCUAUACUCUCCCACCGACGCAGCACCACAGUUUCUUUAGAAACUUACCCCUUUAAAGUUGUUUUGGUUUUAUUUGUUGAACAGAUCCACUUGGAAUCCUGCCCUUUUCAGCAAGUAGCGUGUGCUAACAAGAACUGUCACGAAAAAGUCCAGAGAAGACAUCUUACGCAGCACGAAAAUAAUGUUUGUCCAUGGAGAAUCCUUCAAUGUACAUAUUGCACGGAGCCCCACCCAGACUACAUGAUGCAAGUAAGGAUUGUUAUAGUGGAGGAAUCCGAGAAAAAUAAUACACCUCUUGCCAGGAAAUCUUUUAAUGUUUCGGUGGAAAAACUGAGACCCUUAAAAUGGAAUAGGAAUUAGAGUAUAUAGAUAACAAAAUAUAUUUUCGAUUUUUAAAGGUCUCAAUGAGGUUAUGGCUUUUACGGCUAUUGGUUAAAAAUUUUGGAUACUUAACGGUUAACCCCAUUGAGACUCUUUACAGCCCGACAACCGACGGAAAUUGAUUGAAAAAAGGAAACGUAAUAAAAUCAAAUUUCUGCAUUCCUGUGUUUCUUUGAUUUUUCUUGUCGUAGGGCCAUAUUAGACAGUGCAGCAAGUUCCCAGUAACUUGUCCAAACAGCUGUGGUCGUUCAAUUCCAAGGGAUAUGGUGAGACUUUCAGCUUUAUCUGUGAUAUACAAUCUGGCCCUGGUUGUUCGAAGGUUGGAUAGCGCUAUCCACUGUAUAAAACUCUAUCCAGCGGAUAACACCAUACGUUUUUCUUUCACUUAUCCGCUGGAUAGCGAUUUAUCCGUUUGAUAGGGUUAUCCGCCCUCUAUACAACUGGGCCCUGAAGCUUGCAGCAAAUCUUUUGCGACUAGAUGCAGCUUUGAUAUAUGAUAGUUUUCUUUCAAACAUCAAAUUACAUGUUUUUAAUUGAAAAUUUCCUAAGAUAAUUUAAAACAUUCAAAAUUGUGAAUCGUAAGAACAUUUCCGACGGACAUACAGGCGGAUGCCUCACGGCUAUAAAAAUUUCUGACCAAUGUUUCUUACUGAUGCUUGAUCAAAAUUUUCUUUAAUUGGAUUCAUAAUCACAGGCACACAAUAUUAAAGAGAGAAAAAUGCCAAACAACUCCUCUUUUGCUUUAUUUAAAGCCUCUCAUGUUAUUUCCCCGUUAAAUCUCAUUCUCACUGAAAAACAACAAACCACUUUUACAGGCCGCAUUCAUUCUUUUUUCAGCCUGCUCCAGGCCAUAGGUCAUUGAAAAACGCAAAACGGUGAAGGAGAGCUACAUAAAAUUGUUAUGAGAACCUCACUGUGGUGUUCCAGCGACAGUAACCGGCGAUCAUCGAUUGAUUUUGAAUUUCUUUAUCCACACUUGCAUCUACGUCAAUCACUUGACUUCAUACGAUGGAUUCCAAACAAUGCCACAGUUCUAUUCAUUAAUUUCGAUUCCCACUCGAAAAUGGCAGAUAAGCGAAAAGUGGUAUCUGCAGAGAAGAGGCUGUAGAACUUAACAUGACGCUCACGUUUAGUCCCGCCACCCGUUCAGCACUCUUUUCCACUAACAGAUUUUGGUGCGCGCCAUUCCUCUUUAUUUUAGUCCUUUAUUUCAUGUGAUGCAGGUUUCGAAUCACACUAAAGAUGAGUGUCUGCUGACCAUAAUUUCCUGUCCCCAUGAAGGAAUGGGUUGUACUACAAAGGUGAGAAAUUAAUACGACAGGCCCAGAGAAACGCAUACACCUUAUAACCUUAUAUUCCAUCGUGGUAUGCUUCGUAUUUGAUAAUGUCAAGACGAAUUCUGGAAGCUAGUUUUUUGUGACACAAAAUGUUCCCAGCAGCUACGAAAUGAAGCAGACAGUUUCUGGCGGGUAAGGUGGAUAAACCAAUAUCUGCCGCUAAUAGCCAAUCCCUUCACAAAGCAAAUGAAUUCGAAUGCAAUUUAGAAUAAAUAAGCACGAGUAAAUUAAAAAGUACUGAUUUAUUCCAAAUUGCACGAGAAAAAUCUUGUGAUUAAGUAUUAAUAAUAUACAUAGAAAAAUACGAAAAGAAGCCGAAAGUGCUGGCAUCAGUGGCAAAAAUAGUUUAUUCAAACCCGCGUUAGAUCAAAACAGUAAGAUACAAUGAUAUCUUCACAUCUUUAUGGCGCAAAAAAGUUCAAGGUCCGGCUAAACAGUUCAAGGAAUUAUUCAGUCUGUGUCUGAAUCACUUUCGAUGGAAUGGAAUGGAAUCGUCGUUUGCGAGGUUUAACUAUGUUUGCUUUUAAUUUCGGCGUAGAAUCACCAGAGCAAAGUUGGGUCGGCUCGUAAUUUUCGAUUUCCUUGGCAAUUUCCUUCUCCAAACACCACUUUUUCCAAACCGACAACCCAAAAGCAGUGCGUUUUACAGUGCUUUCGUUGCUAGAGCUGUUUUUCAGCUGCUGUAUUAUUGUUGCGGUGGCGAAAGAAAACCUACAUAAAACACCAGCCAUUGUUUCGCUCACAAAUUUUAAGCGUAUCCAAAUGUUGCGACAUCCAAGGCUCACAUUUCAUUGGCUAUCUGUGAAUUUCUUUGAUUAUUGACGAAUGAAUGAAUGUCUGGUUUAUUACUUCUUUGCACUGAAUUAACCCUAUUCUGCAUUGAAUUACCUGAAGACUGCAUUUAUCUUAACCAAUCAGAACUGAAUAUUUUUUUCAUGUAUAUUAUUAAUAAAUUGAUCUCGUACAUUUAUGGAGGCAUUCAUGUAAUAAAUGACCUUUCAAGUCGAAAGUUGUAGGAAAUACAACCAACAGAAAAGAUUCUGACGAGUGUGUUGAAGAUCACGUGAUACCGUUAUCAAAAAUAACGUUAAAUCGAACUAGCUGUUUAAGCUAAGGGCUUAGUUAGAGGUAGGUAUAAUUUCUGGUAAUUGAAGUAUAAAUUUUCAUGUAGGUCCAACGUCAAGAAAUGGAGUAUCACCUCGAAUCAGCAACAAGAAUCCAUCUUGAUUUAGUUUGUAUUAAAUUAAACAACACCGAAGACAAGUUAAAUAAAACAGAAGAUGAGCUGAAUAACACAAAAGAUAAGUUAAAUAAAACAGAAGAUGAGCUGAAUAACACAAAAGAUAAAUUGAAGAAGACAGAAGCUUUGUUAAAUGAGACAAGAGUUGAGUUGAAAAAUGCCAUAGAACUGCUAAGGUUGUCGAGCGUAAAACAUAACAAUGUGUUUCUUUGGCGGAUUGACAGUUUCAGCGAGAUUCUGAAAGAAGCCAAAAACGGAGGAAAAGAUGAAAUAGCCGGUGAUCCAUUCUACACCAAAAGUGAAACAGAAAGUUUUGGCUACAAGUUAAGAGUUGUUGUUUGCCCUAAUGGGUUUGGAAAUGACAAAAACACUCACCUUUCGGUGUUCAUUGUUGUAAUGAAAGGUGAAUAUGACGCAAUUUUACGCUGGCCCUUCAAUAAGAAAGUGAAGUUCACAUUAAUUGAUCAACAGGAUGAUCCAGACCAACGGGAAAACGAGACUGGUGAGAUCGUUGGGAAAAAGAUUCCGAGCUUUGCAAGGCCUAAGACAGAAGAAAACAAUGGAUGGGGUCUUCUAAAUUUUAUAUCUCAUUUAAAACUUCAUUCGCGCCGCUACAUAGUGGAUAACACAUUGUUUCUUCAGGUUGAGAUUAGUUCACCAUCUAAUACGAACUCCAGUCUUGAAGGUUAAGAAAACUACAAGGCUACAUUCUCGAUAAAAUUUUGAAAAAUUGCCCCAAGAGUGGACUCUCACAAAUCGUUUCUAAUUUUCCACGAACAUUUGACUCAAUUUUCAGCUUAUUAAUGCUGUUACCUAAUUGAUAGCAUCAGAAAGCCAAUUGUUUUUCUAUCUCCAAUGAACCCAAAUAAAUAAGGACUAACUGUGGAUAACAUGAAGCCAUGAUAGUUUCGAAUCAUCCUCUCAACUCUUGUCUCGCUGCGGAAGAGCCCUUGUUUCACAGAGUGGUAGCUAAUUGGUAUACUUCUAGUGAUAACAUUUAAGAUAUGUAGAGUGCAGGGGCUGCCUUUAGCGGCCUCGUCAGGUUCCUUUAGCGAGAUAAAAAUUAGCAAAAUAUGUUUUACGGGCUUAAAAAAAAGAAAUCGAAUCUCAGAUUAGCGGUCCUAUUCCAAUAGGCUUCAUUGACCAAUUAUCGAUUUUUUAAGGUUUGCUUAAUAAUUUACAAGUUGCUGAAUGAUUCAACUCCUAGAUAAUACGUUCAAAAAUCAAAAUCAAAAUCGCCGUUUUGUACUCAGGAUUACUGAGAUCUCUUGACAGUUAGUCAGCCGAGCUCUUUCCCAGAGACCGACAAUGAUUAUGCACUUAAUGUAUGUACUUUGAAGUUAUCUUAACUGCCACUUGUAUUUCGCUCUCCGCACAAAGCUUUACUGGAAAAACGAGGGCCUCUGGGAAUGUUAUGUGAGCAGCUUUUUUUUUUUUUCGAGAUAUUGUGAAUAAUUGUGAAUGAACCUUAGUUUUGAUGACCUUUUUCUUUUCGUAAAUAGAUGUUGUAUCAUUUUAAACAAAUGUAUGUAAUGCGCCAUUCCUAUGGCGAUAGCGCCGCAAGAAUAAAGUUUUCACUGGUAUCACUUCUUGUCUAUAUUAUUAAAUCCUCUCGCUAUUUGCUGGGCCGUGAAAAAAGUUUCGUUCAUGAAAUAAUUCUGAGGCUGCAAUGUUACAUGAAUUUUCCCUAAUCAGGACCACACAUACCUUUUUGAGCCGCGGAAAGAGCGGACAAGAGUUAUAACGUGAGCUUGUCGAUCGGUGAUGAACUUGUUAAAACAAGAAGGCAGUUCAAUUUAUUUCUUUGGCAUGGCCUGAGUGAAACAGUGGAAAUUUACUAAGUUGUUUCAAGCCUCAGACCCGAUCAUUGCUUCUUAAAAAUUGAAAAAUAUUUGUUUUUUGUUUCCCUCUUUGAGGUAGCGUAAUUACGAAGCCACGACAUGUGAAAUCAUUGACAGACGAGUUUAGUACUGUUUCGUAAAAUAGAUUACAUUUUAUGCGCUCCUUUCAAGGCGUCUCUGCAGUUAUCACAAGAAACGUUUUCAACUCACAAAAAUACUCACUGAUAUUACACACCAAGACGUCUAAAAAGUUACUUAUUCCCCAACUGCUUUUUUUCAUAAGGUAGGAAAAGCAAAGCAGAUAGAGAAGCGUAGCACGCGCAGCCGACUAAUCACCGCACGAGCCUUCAUUUAACUAACAAAAUUUAGACCUUAAGAGCCUUAGUCCCGAAAGGAAAAGAGAAAGGAAAAGACAACACAGAGACUGACGAGCAACGGACCUCAUACAUUCCUUGCUGCCUUUCUUGGAUUCAUUUUUGCAGAACCAUCUUCAAAAGUGCAGCAAAUUUCCAGUUACUUUUCCAAACAGCUGUGGUCGUUACCUUCACAGAGGGGUGGUCAGACUUUCAGUUCUGCCUUAAAAUACAGACUUAAGAUUGAUCAUUCAAUGUUUAGGAAUGAUAUCAAUUAAUGGUAGUCAUCGUCGAUACAUCUCUCUAUCUUUGUACUUUCUUUCAAUAUAAGCUAUAACUAAAUAUGGCACAUAAAUCAAAAAUUAUCCUACUGAAGAUGAAAAAGUUGCAUGUCAAAAGUUUUUUUGUAGAAACAAUCAUACCGGUUACUCAUCAAAAUGUGCUUUCUAAAUAAUGCCAGGCUGGAAGAUAUAUAAUUGCAGUAAAUGUGGAAAAAUGGCAGCUUUUGAUUAGAUUACCAAAGGCCAAUUUAUUUAUGUAUUUAUCAGCAAUAUUUAUGUAGACUGGGCCAGUUCAGCUUCAAGCUGGUUUGAAUGGGGGCCUGCUUAAGACAUAUAAAGUAAAACAAAAUUUAUUUAGAAAUACAGAAUACAAAAGGAGCCCACAACACAAAUUACAAUUUACACACAAGAUAUUCGAUGUAUAUUACAUUACAAAGUAUAUUACAUCAAUUACAUAAAUGAAGUUUAACAAAUUUCUUAAAAUUAGGCUGUGAAGUUAUGUUUUAUGGUUAAUAAAAUUAUUCCACGCCUUUGUACCUUUGCACUUUUCUAAGGAGGGCCAGCUAAAAGUGCUGCCUGUCAGUAUUUUCUUAUUUACGCCCGUCAAUGAUAUGAGCUGCUCAUAGAUUCAGCCUGUCUGGUAGUCCCGAUCUGUUUUUCCGCAGCUAUCCCAAACUGCACAGCAAUGGCCGAACAGUGGAUGUAUCAUAAAGCCAUAGAGUGUUAUAUACUUAUGUUUUCUUAUAUUUCUUCAUUUCCCACUGCUUCCCAGUCUUUUUUUUUUCUCUCUGAGCUGGUGCUAAGGCGACAUCAUUAAAAAACAAAAGUAUCAACAAAUUCGCAAAUAAAAUUGUUACCUUACUCAUAGGAGAUUUACUAUUCAAGUUGGAGAUUUCUAUCCUUAGAUCAUAUGUUUAUUGAUUUUUUUGAUGUGAUCCAGGUUUCAACUCACACUAAAGACGAGUGUCUAUACCUACAGAUGGGCUGUCAAACAAAAGUAAGACAAUUAUAUACUAGGGGCCCAGAGAAAAGCAUUACAUAGCUUCAAGAAAACAUCCUAUUAGAGGUUUUAUAGGAAAAAGCUAAUAUAAAAAAGAAUUGCAAAACUGAUUCACAAAGCACAAAGUGGUGCUUUCUUAUUUUAAUUUGAUUCAAUGCCUCUUAAAAUUGUUAGAACACUUCUCGUGUAACGAAAAGUUAAAAAAACAACGUAAACCGAUCAAAAGCAAUUUUGAAAACAGCCAAUCCCAAGCAGGAAAGAUAGGUUCUGUCGGUCGAUGGAUCAGAAUAUUCGCUUCUUCUCGUCCACUCGUGAGUGAAAUAAAAGAACGCUGAUCAAGUCUUUCUCAUGGUGUUACGGGCCUUCGGUUUUAAAAGCAUUUAUACUCUAAUCACCCUGAAACGAUCAUAAAAUAUUUGGUAACCAAUCUUAAUAGACACGAACACAGCAUCAGGAGCGGGCAUCUCGUUUAUUGAUGAAGGAUACAUCGAGCGUUACAUCAUCAUAAAGAAAAUACAGUUGUGAAUAAACACAAAAGCAAAGUUGAAAGAGAUGCCUUCGAGUGGCUCUUACAUAACAUACAUAAUCUUAAAUAGCCUAGUAGCCCCUGGGGAUCAUUAUACCGACAAGCACGCCUAAAAUGCUUCUGCAGUUAACACGAAUCAUACAUGAUAAACAUACUUCAGUGUCAUUAGCAAAACGUUACAAAAUGUAUUUAUUGUUUUUGAAGGCCAUAUUUUUUACAAAACGUUAGACUCGUGAGCUCUAACAAGCUAAACUACAAACUAUUUCAGAGCAUACUUUAAUCAAACAGCAAUCAAUCCCCUCCAGCCCUCUCCCCCCCCCCCCACUAUUUUUUGUCUUCACAUCUCUCAGGUUGCAUUAAGGCCCAUGGAUAAAUAAUACCCUUGUAUGAAUGUUCUCCCUAUCAUAUUUUUUCGCCUGAUAUCGACACUAGCGGAGCAACCAACAUUAUUAUACAUUAGAAUUACUAUAAAAAAUCUGGUUGGUCUAGAGCAUUCAAUCAAUAUACAAUACUGUGUUAAACCGAUAUCUGCUACGGAUAUAUUUUGCAAAACAGGGUUUCCGUAAGCGGUUAACACGAUUCCGAAGGCGGCUAAAGCAAGUUUUAUUACACCUUUAGCUGUUCAUUUACGCAAAAUGUACAUUCAUUAACGUCAACAGUUGAAACUAGACGGCAAAUAUACAUUCAUUAGCACUUCCCUGAGCUUCAUUAACGCGAACGAACUUUCAAUAACGCUAUUUGCAUAUGUAUUUUACUACGUUGAUGCUAUUGAAUGUUAAAACAUUCAAUAGCAUCAACGGAUUAGCAAUUGCACCUUUGGGCAAUCAAACAUAACAAACAUACGUUCAAUCUCGCGCAAUAGUUGAUCAUCAACACCAAUAGAAAAUCAAUUGCAUGGUAUGACAAUCAAUUGCAUAUUAGGGACAUACAAUAAUACAAUUUGCAUAGAGACGCACAAUCAGUUGCACCUUCAUACAAUCGUUUAUUCAAAAUGGUCAAACUGACAAACAUGUGUAUCGUAAUAACAAUCAAUUAGAGAAAAAGAAAUUUGAAAAUUGUUCGAUUACAAUGUACCGUAAUGUAAUUUUUUGUAAUUUUCUUUCAAUUUCUUCAUUAUUUAAACAUCUUGGAAUGUACGUUUGCAUAAAUCUGUACCACCGUCCACAUUUAGUAGCCGUGAUAGUGCCUAUGUUUCUCUGCAGGGCCGGAUGUAGCAAUAGACUGAGUGCGGUAAUUGCCUAACGCAAUUCCUUGUCGUCUUGCCUCUGCUCUGUUGUUCAUCUGUUCUUGCUGCUCUAGACGGCUUAUGUCCGCUUUUAUGGCUGCCUUUGAGGCACUUAUUCCUUGCUCUACGGUGGUAACUUUUUAAGCUCAGAAUAAGGGCCAGGAAUGGCAGGAUUGUUGCGAGCUAGUGCGCCGUCAUAAAUGAAAAUUACAAGUUCAUUUGGGUCAAGAUUUAGCUUCGCCUGUGACAGAAAAUCCUUAAACCUUUGUCCAUUACUUCCACCGAGAAAUGCCAAGUGGAAAAACGAGUCCAUUGGUGGGUGAAAUUGCCAGUGCUACAGUAACAAUUCUCCCUCGCUGACCACAUACUUGUCGAUAUGCCCCCUUCUCCAUUCUUGCUCGUUCGUGUCUUCUUGCCGUCCAAAUAUUGUACCCACACUCUUUUACAAAUAUUCUAUGAUUCACUACAGCAUGGCGCAUGAACCAGUUGGCAAAGUCGACUUUUUUCGCAGGACAUCAGGGCGGUUUCGUUCAACUGGGAGUAGCCUUGCCAAUUUUAUACGAUACAACAUACCUUCAGUAGGUAUGGAGGUUUGGUAGGAGACGUUAAUUUCCCACGCACGAGAUUACUGUGUGAUGGAUGUCCUCCCCUGGGUUGGGUUGGGUGGAUUUAAGAGGGGUAGUGCCCCGUAUGGGACUCCAUGUCCCGCUGCACUAACCCAAUUGGCGUCCGUCUAUUCGUAGACGUACCCAAUAAAGUUGUUAUAAAGUUUCAAGUGUUCUUGCUACUGUACGGUCAUGGAUUGUUGGUUUUCUUGGAAGACAGUCUCAAUUCUUGAUUUAUCUCUGCUAGUGUUAGCAGGCAAUAUUCGUUUAAAAUGUAAUUUAGGCAAUACCUCAUUUCAUCAUCUACUCGAACAUGAUUUGCUCCUCCUCGUGGUCUCUCCGCGAUCCUUCCCUCUCGCAAGUAACGUGCAACGAUACUUCUUGCCGUUGAUCGGUUCACUCCGAUAGUAGCGGCAACCGUCAGAUAAUCUUCAUUAACAUCUUCGAAGGCUUGAAUAAUUCUUUCUCGCUGUUCAAGUAGGAUUGUGUUUCUUGGUGGCAUGAUUUUCUUCGGUUAUCUCUGUCUCCGUUGCGUCUUCUUGUACUCUGUUUCUUACACCUUUCUCAUUUUAUAUCUGCUUUAGCAAAAUAUUGUGCAAAAAACACAUAAAAUUGAAAUGAUAAUGUACAUACUCUUGUAUUUUUUUCCUAUAUUUUAAAAUACCCGUAACUACGAUGAAUGACACUGAUGUAUAUUUUUUUCUUCCUAUUGGUUAUUCGAAAAACACCAAUGUUUGUCAGUUGCCGCUAAUAACUGACCAUUUUGAAUAAACGAUUGUAUGAAGGAGCAAUUGAUUGUGCGUCUCUAUGCAAAUUGUAUUAUUGUAUGUCUCUAAUACGCAAUUGAUUGUCAUACUAUGUGAUUGAUUUUCUACUGUUGUUGAUGAUCAACUAGUGCGCGAGAUUGAAAGUAUAUUCGUUAUGUUUGAUUGUCCAAAGGUGCAAUUGUUCAUCCGUUGAUGCUAUUGAAUGUUAAUACAUAUGCAAAUAGCGCUAUUGAAAGUUCGUUCGCGUUAAUGAAGCUCAUGGAAGUGCUAAUGAAUGUAUAUUUGCCGUAUAGUUUAAACUCUUGACGUAAAGGAAUGUACAUUUUGCGUAAAUGAACAACAAAAGGUGUACCAUGAGCAAGGGCUGCCUAGCGCUCGUGAAUUGAAAAUUUUAGUUGAUUGUUGAUCCAUGGAGGCUCGUUGGCAAUGACCGUCUUAGAUUUAAGGAGAAGCAAAAUAUACAAACCCAUUUUUUUUCAUUAUAGUCUCAAGCGCGGGUGUUUUCUCCUCACACGACUCUUUGCAUCCUACCAGGCGACUAUACCAAGUUCGACUCGGUCGAAAUAAGACCGUAUAUCCAGACGAUUUGAUGGCCGCAGGUCUCUAGAUUUCAACCGGAUUUUAUUCAUCUGAUAAUCCUGUUUAGCCUUGGGUUGUAGUUCCACAGUAUCGUGAACAGAGAGCCAAAUGGGAGGAAACAUUUUGGGCAAAUCAUAAAACGCGUUAAGAUUGGUAAAACUAAGUCCAAUUACUCUGUCCAUGAGUUGGAAACGGGACGAUUUAAUGGAACUGUUUACCAUCAGAACGAGAGCAGUCAGCCUGUUGAAAUCCCCCAAAAGAAUGACGCUACAGUCAGGAGAAAGGCCUUCAAUUUUUGAUAGCAACUCCUACAAGAAGUUCAAAAUCAAAGAAUCGGUUGCACUCAGCUGAUGGUAAACAGUUCCAACAAUAAUUGAAGGUAUGCCCCUAAGGAGCCGCCUUGGACAAAAUUUGACCCAUACGACCUCAAACUUCGCGCCAAAUAAUGUCAGAUGUAGAACUUCAUAUCGUAUGGAAUCACGAACAUAAAUACAGAAGCCUCCGUGGUCGCUUUGUUAAAAUGACCAAAACUCAUCAUCACGAACACAUAGAAUAUUUACUCUUAAAAUUAUUACAAGCUUAAAUAAACGCCAAUUGAUUCGAACUCAUGCAUGCAACAUAAAAUGUAUGCACACCGCGUAUAAUAUAUAAGAGGGGGGCAUUGGGAUUUUCGGUUUUGCGGUUUUUUCGUUGUUUAGCAUUUGGUUUAGGGUUUUCACGAAAAAUAUUAGCGGGUUUUCGGAUUAGAUACCCGAUGCAGUUUUCUGUUUUUUUACUAUUUGACCUAUUUGGGUUCCGGUUUCUCUUCGAUCUGAGCGGCAAUUACGCGCCUCCACUGAUCUCGAAUAGUAGCUGAACGCAAUGCGUGGCAAGCCAGUCGAAAUAUCGCAGGGAUCCCUAAGUAGCCUACGUGUAGCUGUAUCCUCCCCUUCCCGUACGUAGGGUACAGCUAAGCACGGAACAUUGCCAAAGUUGCUUUAUCAACGCCACCUCGAAGUUGGUGACCAAGUUGCCGGCCACACGUGACUGAUUGAUUCAACAUUCCAAUACAAUCUCCAAACUUUCAGGUCUUAGUUCGCAAAUGGAGAUGUUAGAUUAAGGAUUUUCGAUGAAACUUUCCAGAGCUAUAGCUUUUUGCGACUGCAAAAUUGUAAUCCUAUCGAGGACUUUUGGGCGAAUUUCCUUUAUUAAACUAGGCUCCAUUACCAGCUGCUGAGUCCGCAGAGACCACGCUCGAGGUCCUUGAGAGAGCAAAAUACGAAUGCCAAGUCCAUAGCAUUCAUAAAUCCUGUAAUGAAAUUAGUGUAGUUUACUCUGUAUGCUCUUCUUGUCACCACUGUAUCGGAUCGAUCAGGGUUUUAAUAACUGGGAUGUGAUAAUGUAUUGGUUUUGACAGUUUUGCAAACGGUUUUCGGUUUUGAUCGAAUUUUUUUCGGUUUCUCGGUUUUGGAUGAUUUUUUAUACGGUUUUACGGUUUCUAAUAAGCCCCACUGCCCCCCUCAUAUAAGAAUUUGUUUCCCUUUCCCUUUCUCGACGGAUGAUAUAAAAAACCCGCAUUGUAAAUGAAAACUCGAACUUUGUCGAUCUUUGGUGAAAGAGACAUUAUAUUCAAGAACAUAAAUGCUUACACAGACGAAUGAUCGGAGCCAGGUUUAUUUUACUAACUUACUGUGGGCGAAUGGUCACCUAACUUGAAAAAUCUAUUGCAGCUGCAAAGAUAUAGAGGAUAUUACAUGGCCGCGCGGAGAUACGAAAUUUCGCUUCGAUUGUUGAAAAAUAUUUCACGAGUGAGCGGCGCAAACGAUUGCAUUAUUUGAAUUACAAGUGGAAAUCAAGAGAACUAUUAGCUUUAUUCAGCGCGAGAUGUUAGUCACCCACGGUUUACCUUUCAACGAUAUUAUGCUUUCGUAGAGAUGUCAUGGCAGACUCAUUACAAGCACGUUGAUAUAAGAAAUAUCUCAUCGAAAUUUUUUGAACGAUGAGUAGAUCAUAACUUGCAUUGAUAAGUGGCAAUCAAUUAAGGAUAUGCAAAUGCAAACCUUGCGAGUUGUUGCUCGAGGCAUUGUCGACAAAAUCUAUGGCCGCUUCUCGUCAGAACUGGCUCUCGGAGGUUGACAAAUUAAACACAGUAAAUCGUCGUCAAUUAGACUCAUAAAAUCAUCUCCAUAACCAGAAGAUAAAUGAGCGUUUUCCACAGAGAUUUCCAUUUUCAAGACUUUACAUUUAAUUCCAAAAAAGUUAAUCUUCUGUCGGCCGCUUCACACAGACUGACAACUUACUGAAAACAAAUCUCUCAAAACAACACAAUUCUGAGAAAUGGCUAUCCUUGACUGAGUCGCAUAAAAUUAAACGAAACUUGUGACAAACAGAUCACCCUUGUGCGAAUGUUUCUUUCAACCCCGCUUGGCAAGAAAAGACCACGCUGGAACUCAUUAGAAAAUACGCGACCUAAGAGUCCUUCUUUUGAUCAUAAUGUCAAAAUUCCCCGAUAUGCGUAGAUUUUUACUUUCCAUGAACAUUCUUCUUUGUUCCCUGCUUUUUUUGCAAUUUUUAUGCUGAAGUAAAAAGAAAAGUCUCGACAAAUCUAAAAACAACUUAAAAUGUUUCGUAGAAUUCAACAAACCGAUUGAUUUAAACCAAUGAGCACGAAGACGCGGACAAUGCUGAUUUAGAACAAUGCCGUCAUUACGCAAAAACAGUCUUGAUUUCUACUUGUCUUUCACAAAAUCAUGGCUGAUUGCGUUUGAUUGGAAUUUUGAACCAUUGGUCACAUUUUUGUAUAUUUCAUCACAACUAAGUUCUAGCAGCUCGGGCGGCUGCUGAAUACGGCGGAAUUCACAUAGAAUUUAUAUUGUCCUCCUUUGUGGAAGCAGUCGCCGAAGAUUUUUUGUGCCUGAUAUGUCAUUUGCCGCUUAAGGAGCCAUUUCAGAUGAGAUGCGGCCACAGAUGAUGCAAAGAAUACCUUAACAAGCAUAUUAGAAGGUAUGAGUAAAUAAUAAACAUCACUUAAUAUGGAGCUUCAUUGGCUCGUUUGAUCUACUAUGUUAUAUUUAUAUGAGAAACUUCUUCUGUAAGUUCGUAGCGAAUUUUUUUUUCCAUUAGAUCCACGUGAGAAGAGUGGAGGUCUUCUCACUAAGGAGAAAAGCAUCGGUUUUACGUUUGUAAAAAUUAGAUGUAAUGGUAAUGGCCACCCUGAUAAUUUACACAAUAAUGUAAUCGCAUUUUUCUGACUUUGCACUCGAUUAGUUUAAAUCUGUUCGUUAGAUAUGUCCUUCGCUUCCGCAAUUGCUUUGCACGAUGCAUCUUAAUACAUGUUUAUCGAUGUGAUCGUCUUCAAAAUUGAUUUCCUCAAAGAUUUCGUUGUUUUGGAAUAGAAAGCGGAAUUCAAAUUAUUUGAUCGCUUAUUCUGAUAGUGAUCGCUGUUAUUUUUAAGUCAAUGAAAUUAAAACCCGAGUAAAUAUCGUCUCUUCCGUUAUAUCCGUUUUCAAAGAUAUAACCACUCCAAAAGAAAUGACAUACUUGCAGUAUAUGCAAAAACCUAAAAACAAGGAAGAUCUCUCACCAAUUAAGAGAAAAUAAUGGGCCAUUAUUUUCUCUUGUUUUAACCAAAUGGAAUAUUCUUUCUAAUUAAGGCAGCGAAGUAAAAGACAGUCCUUAACUUGUUCGUCGAACAUUUUAAACGUUAGAACUGAUUUGCUUGUUAAGGUGUUUUUGAUUUGGCUUUUAAUGCUUUAGAGGUUCUCUCUUUGAAAAGACUUAAAGAUUUCAUGUAUUAAACCCAUUUUUCCUCCUCUUUGGUUAUUUUUUAAAUACAUAUUUCCGUUUACUUGUAAAUAUGCUUAUUUAAUGCUUCAAGGGUUUCCUCUCUCUCUCUUAAAUGACUUAAAUUAUAAAGAAUUCAUGUAUAAAACCCACGAUGAAUAGCGAAUAUAAUUUAUGCUUUCCUAACUGUGUUCAUGGAUUCUUAUUUGCAGGAACACAUUAAACAGUGCAGCAAGUUUCCAGUAACUUGUCCAAACAACUGUGGUCGUUCACUCCCAAGUGAAAUUGUGAGACUUUCAACUUUGUCUUGAAUAUACAAUCUGAAGUUCGCAGCCAGUGUUAUACAGCUAGGUGAAGUUAAAUAUAUGAUCUUCAUUCUAUAUACAUCAAUCCACAUCCUUUCAGUUUAAGAUUUCCCCAGGUAAGGUAAAAUAAACAGGAUUAUGGGUCGAGAACACUUAUCAGACGGAAACUAAAGGCGGAUACGACCAAACUUACAAGUCAGUUUUCUGACUUAUGGUUCUUAUUCUUGAUAGAGAUUUGCUUGCUCAUUAUGCUCAGAAUCACAAGCACGCCAAAAUUACAAACAGUUCCCUUUUUUUUCUUGCAAGUUGUUUGAAGCCUCUCUAUGAUAUUUUCCAAUACAUCUCAUUCUCAAUACAUGCAAAAGGUGGAUUACAAUAUGGCGGAAUCCACAUCAAAUGAGCAUUACACUCCCUCAGGCCACGACGAGGACUUUGUAGAAGAAGUUGAAGAAGAUUUUCAAUGUCCCAUAUGUAAUUUACCGCUAAAAGAACCAGUUCUUACAAGAUGUGGCCAUAGAUAUUGCAAAAAAUGUCUUGACGAGUACAUUGGAAGGUAAGAGUUCGAUGAUAAGCAGCUUUCAGUAUUGUUGUUCGUUUGCUCACUUGAUCUAAUCACCCUAGAGAAUCCAUGACAGGUCAUCAGUGUUUUUCAACUGAAUUCAAUCUCUGCCAGAGUCGAAGUUCAACUAAUUAGAGAAUGGUGGUCGGUUGCAUGAUCUUAAAACACCAAUUGCAAUGAUAAUGACCAUUACAGAAAUUUACUUGAUGAUGCAAUUUUUCAAUUUCUAGCAUUGCAUUCGAUUAGUUUCAAAUAUGCGCUCAAAUUCCUCUAAAACGAAACAAGACACAUUUCUUAAUUAUUAUAGGUAAUGAACAGGGGUUCCAUACUCACUUGUCUUAGAAUCGAAAGUGGAAAUCUGUGGUUUAUUUAUGUAGUGCAAGCGUGAUUAUUGUUCAAAGUUCGAAUUUUCUCUUUACAUUUACUAGUUUGUGCUUUAAAAGAUGCAAUACUAUAACUAAGCGGCAAAUGACAUAUCAGGCACAAUUACCUCAUCCUUCACACUAGACUUGAUUACUUGACCACAAAAUUACAUGAACAUCUAGACGUAUAUUAUGUUAAUUCAAUAAAAUAUGCUCUCUCAGAAAAAUUCCUAUCACCAGCUUGGCACAAUGUUUGUAGCUAAGGGCUACAUAUUUUUUUAAGACACAAAAAAGAUGAUCGUUUACCUUCGUUUCCGUGUUUAUCCUUCUAAAUAUCUUUUUCGAUGUUUUAGUCUAUAUAUACUGCUGUUGAAGUUGAUUUGGCAACUGUUGUUGUCAAUGUUGUUUAGUGGUGUCGACUGUAUUGAAUUAAAUAAAAGCGUUGGUUGAGAUGGGUUAUGUGAAUAUUUCCAGUACAUGCAAUAUUUGUACAUGGAUUGAAGAUCCCUAAACCGUUGUAAUAUUCCAAAAUUAAUUUGAAUUCUGUAAUUUUAACGUACUUACUUACUUACUUACUUCAUAAUUUUAUUUUCUCACAGACAGCGAAGUAGAGAAGAGUCUUUAACCUGCCCGAUAGACAGGCAAAAUCUGAACCCAAACCGGGUAAGUAAACUUUUGAAAAUUUAAGAAUGAUUUGCUUACUGGGUGCGGUUAACCCUUAACUCCCAAGAUCUGAUUGUUAAUUCUCCCAUCUAGCCGUUGCACAUUUCCUUGUGAUUUAGUUACACGAAUCUCGUGUUAUGUCAUGACAACAACUUCUAACUGACAAGUUUAAAUUAUCUCAUUACUUUUUUGUUGGAUAGUGUAUGGAUAUUUUAGGGAGAAGUUACAUGUAAAUCAUUUCUGGGAGUUAAAGUUUUAAAAAACGGAAACAAUUAUUCAGCAUUAUUCUUAUUGCUUAUUGCCUAAAUAUUUUGAACAAUGUUCUCUUUUCUUCAGUCCAUUUGUUUGUUUUUUGUUCUUUAAAAUAUACCUUAUUUAUUUUCCAUACGUAUUUUACUUAAAACAUCACUAUUUUUUAAAUAAUUCCCAGUAAAGGCUCUUAUAAGUAAAAACACUUAUGCCUUAGUCAAUUGUCACCUUGGAAAUUGACCUAUCUGGAUCUUGAUAACGUAGGAAUAAUGUUACUGCGAUUAUUUCUUAGGACAUUUUCCCUGACAAAGCAACAGAGAGGAAAAUCCUCUCUCUGGCAGUCAGAUGUCCAAGUGAAGGCUGUGGAUGGAAAGGGGAGCUGAGGAGCAAGGAGGUAAAAAACUGACACACAAUUAUUUGAAUGUUGAUCAGCCUAAACGUUUUGUAAUAAAGCUAACUCCCCUUCUCAAAAUAGCUACGACAUAAUGAAAAGUAGACAUGGAGACACUGUGGUUAGUAUUCCUAACCAGGGGAGAGUAGAUUUCUGUAAGUCAAUAAGUUUUAAAUGAAACUCUCUGUUAUGCUUUUUUUGUUGAACAGGCCCACUUGGAAUCUUGUCCUUUUCACCAAGUGGCGUGUACCAACAAAAACUGUGGCAAAAUAGUCCAAAAGAGACAUUUGAAACAACACGAAAAUAAUGAGUGUCUGUGGAGAAUCCUUCAAUGCAUUCACUGUUUUAAACCCCACCCAGAGUGUCAAAUGGAGGUGGGUACUGUGACAGUUAUAGAAUUCACGUCUUCACUUUUUUGAUAAAUUGUAUUAUCCUCGAAGAAGAGCUUCAAGUCAACAUUUCUAUGCACCGACCGAACGAGCCUUUAGGACGAGUAAGAAAUAAUAUAUGAAACUAAGAAAAAAAUAAACCUCAAAAACACGAGUCCCGACAGGAUUGUAAAAAAAGCAGGGGAUCUGACAAGAGGUAAAAAUUAAAUUCCAAAAAUGUUUUCAAUGUUCAUUUCUGUAGGAUCAUGUCACAAGGUGCCCCCUGUUCCCACUAACUUGUCCGAACCUCUGUGGCACUACGAUUCCCAGAGAAAUGGUGAGACUUUUGAUUGUAUCUUUAUACACACAAUUCUCAUAAAAGGGAGAAAUAAGAGCAGCUUUUGUUUAGGUUACCAGAGCGUUAUAGGGAAUUUUUUUCUUUCUUUUUCCAUUUUUCUUUUCAGCAAAACUACAAAAUUAAUUUAUUAUUGACCUCGCAGCCUUUUUUCAGCUGGUGCAUAAGCGACAUCAUAUGGAAAGAAUGGAUACUAUCACACUUUAUUUUCCAAAAGCAAUUCACACAUCUACGGUAGAAGAGAGGAUUGCUAUUCCUUUUGUUAAUUCCUUUCUUUACAUGAUUCAGGUUUCAACCCAUAUUAAAGACAAACGUCGGCUAACGUGGAUUUCCUGUCCAUAUGCACAGACGGGUUGUAAGAAAAAGGUGAGAGCAUCAUAGAAGGGCCUUCAUGAAUUCAUGUCACUAAUUGUAAAAAUCCAAGCAGAGAGGCAUUUUGUUGCGCAUGUUCUGUAAAUUUUAGUUUGAUACGAGAAACUGCUGGUAGGCGCCUGCGUAGGUUUCCCGCUCAAGAAUCGCGAAAGAAAAGAAGCAGGAGAAUACGUCGGAAAAAACAAUGGUUCGGGCAUUUGAGAUAACCUUUAUUGUCAUUUUUUUCUUCUGUUACUUAGAUGGAAGCGGCAAAGUCUUAAAAUUAUUUUCAAAAUGCAAAAGAUUGUACAAACGACUUCGAGUCGUGUCUCGUGAUUGUUUGGACGAUCGAUGUAGAUGAUGUUAUUUUUGAAGGAUGCAAGUGGCCCGUCGAAGAGCACAAACGAAUUGUAUAGUCUACUUUUAUCGUGUCAUUUCUCUCUCAAGUUAUCGGUGAUCAUUUGAAGUACUCGCCUUCCUGUAAGCGUUUUUUAGAGCUUCAAAUGUACUGUAAGUGCAGUGUACUUCCAAUUUUGGCCAAAAAUUGAAGUUUACAGAAGUUUAUGUUUUGUUUCAAAAGUUUUUUUGACAUGAAUCACAACCGGCAGGGCCGAUUACCAAAAUAAAAAAAGGUCAAUGUCGAGUAAAGAAAAGUAAGACAACGUUUGUGCGAGAGAUAUGGUAGCUCCAUCUGGUUAGAAAUGGAGGAAUAAUUAUGGAUUUUAUGAAAGUAAGGUAAAGUCUUUUCAAUCAUUAGUCUCAAAAAUUUAUCAGAUAUGAUCAAUGAUGCGGGGAAAUUGUGAAUGAAAACAAGUACUAGUUUGGGCUUCCAGUUGUAAGAUGAAUAGCUAAAUAAAUCAAUUGUUACCCAAUAAAAAUCACAUUUAUUUAUAAUUUCAACUGCACAGCAAAAUCGUGUACACUCUUUGCAACCUUAUCCUCCAUCCUAUUAAAUUACAAGAGUUUUGUGACAACUUGAUGGUCUGAAAAGACUCUUAUGCAUGACAUACAAAAAAGAACCAGUAAGGCCGAUAUUUAAUAGUGACGAUAAAAAACAAGAUAUUUCCAAAAGCCUUUUUUUUUUUUUUUUCAAGAACAAGACUAAAUGAGGUCAGAUUAAACUAAUGUGAAGAGGUUUGUUGGUCUCUUUAUGAAAAUGGAUGAUUUACAUCUAUCAGAUUUUAGAGAAAUGAGACUUAAAUCAAAAGGGGACUUUGACCUUGCAUAUUCUGCAGUAAUGGACAUCGACUUGGAUGCCUAUUUGCGGAAAUUAAUAGUUUUCAAGCCAGGGGUUUGGCUGUGCUAAUUUUAAGGCAGAAAAAUCAUAAAUCAAUCAAUUAGGAAAUUUUAUGGCUCUGACUGGAAGCUCAAACACUCGUAAGGAACAAGACAAUAUUUCACCUGAUUACUCCUCAUAUUCUUUUCCCCUGAAGUUUGGACAGAACUUUCAAAAACGUUAUUGGUAAUUUUACAGUUGCAAAAAAAGGUAUAGACACAAGUUGCAUAUAGCAUAAGCUAGUCAAGGCAAAUUGUGUGGAGAGAACAAAAGAUUGAUAAUUUAUACCAGUAGUAAGUUUCUGGUACUAAUGACAUUCUCUUGAAUGCCAGUUUGCCACAGCAAAUGUCACACCUAUCCUUUUUUCUCAAUAGUACUAACCAUACAUAGUGGGGUCACUUCACAUCUCCCUAAACAGCAGAGAACAUAAUAGUCAAUUCCAAUCAUCAGUCUAAAUUGAGAAAUAAAAAUUGAAGGAUCAAGACUUAUCUGGCAAAGUGAAAUGCAAGUCAAACUAGUUUUAAGACAUUUUAACCCGAAAUUCGUUUUUAAAUACGACCGAAAUACUGUAGUUAACAUCUUAAAGAAACAAGAGUUCCAGCCCCUUGAGUAAUUAUCCAUUUGUUGUAUCGUUCGUCUCAUAUUUUAAGAACUAGAGAAAGUUAGAUAAUUUUAAUCUGCGAGUUUUAUAGUACACUUCCACUCAAAAUUCAUUUCGUAUGACAGAAGCAUUCUACUGAAAUAGACAAGAUAGAAUGAAGCUGACGCCAUUCGUUUCGAAUAACACAUGAACAUGAAGAAAACGGCACGAGUUUAAACUCAUUAUACAAAGCCCACGCAAUUUUAUGAGGUAAAUGAACUGGUUAGAGCGAAAGCUAAAUAAAUGAACAAUGAACUGACAGCGGUGAGGGAUUUGGGGGCCAUGUGAUAAACAAGUUCUACCAAAGUUUAUCCUCUAGUUAGCCCUUCAAGCCCAAAAGGGCAAUUAGAAAAGUUCUCAACAAAACACAGCAACAAAAAAAGAUAAAACCGGAGAUGAUCGAGGAAAGAAUAUAAACGUUGUUAAGACACAUGCCUACAUACCAAGUACAACAGACUUGGAGAGCAAAAAGGCCAAAGACAGUUGUGAGCCAUGACUUGGAAAAUCCACCUCAACCUUCCAAAAACGAAUUCGCCGAAGGUUGUAGAAAGAGCGAAUCAAUCCUGAACCUGGAACAUUUUUUUAAGCCUUGUGUCCUAUGGGACUACAAAGAGAAAGAAGAGAAUAUUUUAUUUGAAGUGAUUUGAAGCUUGGGGGCCACCUCGAACUUAACGCAAUUUUAUUUCAAAGUUGAAGUAAAAUAAGAUCAAAUUGUAAACUACCUUCUAUUAUCGUAACGAAUAUCUCACGAUCGCCUCCACACCACUUCGUGAUUCAUAGAAGUAAGACAUCAACAUCUUAAGAUUAACCUACAAGGUUUGUAGUCUCAUGUGCACAUCUUGAUCGUAAGCAAAUCAAAUCUCAAACUUCAAGUUUUCGGCCUUUAUUCGCGUUUUGUUCGCACUUUGAUCAUUAAAAUAUCCUCAUCCUAAAGGCCAGCAAACUCCACGAGUAUCCACAGAGUUAGAAAUGGUGGUAAACUUGUCAUACUCUCUAAUCCCUCUCCAAAAAAUAUCACAGAAAGGCGUCGAUCGCUCAGCUGAAAACCCGCAAAAAAAAACAAACAAAUUUUCUUGGCGCAUGCGCAACAAAAUGCCCUUCCGCUAAAAAUCCCAACAACAAAAAUCAAAUGCCAGCAAAGUAAAUUCACGAAAUGCAUCCUUGUUUUCUUGCCAUCAAGAUGAGUUUUGCAGUUCGAAGUAUGGUUAAUAAAAAUGCUUAUUCCUUGUUAAAGAAGAAAUUCCUAGAGUUUCUAAUUAGUUUAAGACGUCUAUGGUAUCUAUGGAAGCAGGAAAUCUUGAACCGAAAACCGAUCACAGUAUUCACUUCUUGCAUGCUCGCGAAAAAAAAAAACAAGAACAAGCGCUCAGCAGGUGUCUUAAAUGGUGUUCCGUGCGUUCGGUUUGAAAGCAAAGGUUCUGCUAAAAUGAAAUGUUUUUCAGUUUCUGAAACGCUUGAGCCUAAACCUGAAUAUGACAAAAAAGUCCAAAGAAAGCAGUCGUGAAAAGUAAUCCCCUUCCCACGCCAAUUUUUUGUUUUCAAACCUUAAAGGCUACCUUAUUCCCAAGGAUACUAUUCUUGAGUUAAAGUUGCUCCACUAGAAAAUUUUGACUGGACUCGGCACUUGGCCGUGCACGAUUUUGAACAUCCGAAGAACAAGUCCUGAAGGACAACCAGCCACAGCGCUGUUGUUCUAAUAAGUCGUCAUAACACUUCAUCCCCAUACAUUUGAAUUUUUGAAGUCCACAAGUUCUGAUGUCGUUAUUAAGCAAGAGCUCUGUGUCUGUUUAUCUAAACGACGUAUAAAACUGUCUUAAGAAGGCUUAACUUUUCGUGUAGGGCCAACGCCAGGAAGUGGAGUCUCAUCUCGAAUCAGCCACAAGAGUCCAUCUUGAUUUAGCUUGUGUUAAGCUAAAUAGGACAGAAGAUGAAUUGAAUGAAGCAAAGAACAGAUUGAAGAAGAUAGAUGAUACGUUCGACAACGAAAUAGCUGCUUUGAAAAACGCCAUGAGACUGCUACAGCUCUCAAACGUAAAACAUACAAACGUGUUUCUUUGGAGGAUCGACGGUUUCAGUGAAAUUUUGAAAAAGGCAAAGAACGAGGGUAAGGAGGAGAUAUACAGUGAUCCGUUCUACACCAAAACUGAAACAGAUGGUUUUGGGUACAAAUUAAAAGUACUCAUUUACCCUGAUGGAACUGGAGGUGGCAAGAAUACUCACCUGUCGGUGUUCAUUAUUAUCAUGAAAGGUGAAUAUGACGCAAUAUUACCUUGGCAUUUCAAUAAGAAAGUGAUGUUCGCAUUGAUGGAUCAACAGGAUGAACUACGCAAAAGAGAAAACAAAACUGCGUUGGUCAUAGGACAGAAUAGCCCGAGCUUUACUAGGCCUACAACAGAAGAAAACAUAUCAGUGGGUUUUCCUUGUUUCAUAUCUCAUAAGGAACUUAAGGAACUUACUUCGCAGCACUACAUUGUGGAUGACACUUUGUUUCUACAGGUUCAGAUUAGGUCGCCACUUGGUUAUUCCUUAAGGCCAAAAAAUAAUUAGAUGCCACAUGCCUACAGAGCUCGAAUUACUGAUAGUUCAGGAGAAAUAUUCGAAUGAAGCUCUCAGCUCUUCUACUGCAGCAGAGGUGUGAAAAACCACUAAACGCAACCAGAGACGACCCCUGCCAUCGUUUUACAGAUUGGUUAAUGAGCAUACCUCAUAAAUUGAUUAGGGGAGUAUGGAGGAGGCCUUUCCCGCCCUGCUGGUGUUUUUUGUUUGUCUGUUUGUUUGUUUUUUGCGUAGUAAUUUUUGCAAAAUCUAAAUUUAAAGUCUUUAAAAAAAACAAGGCAUUCAAUAACGCAUGCGCAAUAUAUGUAUGAAGAAGUCCUCUAAACUAAAGCGGAUCAGUAAAAGUCACAUGUGGUUGAUAUUAUUCUAACAGACGUACAGAGGCUUUUAGCUUUAUUUCAAGGUUUUAUAAAUAUCUUAGAAGUCGCUUAAUAAUUCAGCUUUAUGCUUUAGGUUGACAGGCUUCAAUAUCGUUCUUAGUUAGGACCUCUAAGAUCUGUCACCUAUAAACUUCUGAAUCGGCCGAGGUCAGAGAAUGAAACUGAUUUAGUGUUAAAUGUAUGUGUUCUAAGAGUAUCUUAGCUUAUCCUCUGCUCUCCACCUAGACCUUCAAAAAGGGCCUCUUAGAACAAACUGUGGAAAGCCUCUCGUUGCCUCCUAGAUGCUUUGAAUUUUUGUGAAUUGACUUCAGUUUUUAUAACCUUCUUCUUUUGGUAUACGGAUUUUAUUAUUGACUGUAUUGUUUAACAUAGAUGUUUGUGAUGGGCCAUAAGCAUAGCAAUGGCGUUAUCUGAAUAGAUGUUACCGAUGUUAUGACUAGCUAUCUAGAUUUCUGCCUCAUCUCGGUCCAUAGGCGAUCAUUUACAACCAAGUGAACAAAAUAAUAAAUCAUAAAGGGGCGAUCUCCGUAAGAGCGGUCCAGGGCACUUCGCAUCGGAAAAAGGUUUUGCCUCAAACUUUGCCCCAUUUUUGGACCUCUUGCGACAUCGAAAAUUUAAAAAGUUGACAAGCUCGCUCCUCGUAACACACUGCAUGCAUAAGGGGUUUGGAAAGUAUUUCAAUUUUGAUACAUGUUUGUUUAGAGGUCCUCCAUAAUUUAUUCAUAACACCCGUUAGACAGCUAUCUGAAAUUGGUCAAAAGUAUUCUUUCUUUCUAAGGUGAUAUUUCUCAAGUCCAGAUCGGACCAUUUCUGAUUACUUCUUUUAAUAAGAUGUUCGAAAGCGUAGAUAUGCAAAAGCAUCUUGCACUUAAUAAUUUCCUUCGCCGUAGUGCCGUUCAAACUUGCUGGCGUGACAGCAGAAUUAUGCAAAUUAGUCUCUUGAGCAAACUCCUACCGCCCUAUAUAACUAGCUUCAAAAAUCUUAGAUUUUAACCAUCUUAAAAAUAAAAGAUAUUAGGACAGAGCUUUUAGAGCAAAAUGAUUGAUACUCGAAAUGUUUUAAACGGCUAAAAUAUGACAAAUGAUUCUCAUGACGAAAAAGGUGAACAAAACGUAUCGAAUAUAUCAUAGAUUAGCGUUCUAUGUCAGAUGUCGUGCGAUGUCAUGGUUCUAAGAGAUGGCAAAGCGAUAAAUUAUUCCAAGCGGUCGUAGAACAUGAGCAGAAGUGUAAGACAGCUUUUGGCCCUCAUUCCCCUUCUCGUGGCCAGUCAGAAAGAUCCCUUUAAAAUCCUGAGUGUCUAUGCUUAUAGAUUCUCGCCAAUGCACUUAUAAAACAAAUAUCAACCAUUUGAAAACUUAUCCGAUAGACAAACAAAGAAGGCACUAAGCACAAGCGAAGAGUGAGGUGCCCGAAGAGCCCUUUGAAAAAAUACAACGGCACACAAUCCGUAUGGAAUAGCGUCGGCUGAAGCACUCCUCUUGGAGUUCACCAUGAGGCCAUAUUCCUAUCAAGACGUAGCGUGCGGCAGUUGCACCAUUAUACUUGCCAGCAGGUUGGAAUUUGUCGCGCACAGUAGCCAUGUGUAAGAAACUGGAUUUCAACUGAUAAGUGAAUCCACCAUGGAGAGAAUAUUGGAAGUUCAAGGGGCCACAAAGAAGAAAGCAUCGGGGAGUCUAGAAAAUACUGUAUCUGAGGGUGCGAAUGGUUUUAAAGAAUUUUUGUUAAUUAUAGACAAACUAAAACGCAUAGGAGCAGAGCUUUUGUACAAAGUCGGCUAUGCUGUCAUUGCCUGCUUUGAAAACUAGCUCUGGAUCUUGGACAUUUCCUCUCUCUGAUUUCCCUGCUCUCAUCAAGAGCAAACGCGGCUGAUAGCCUGGAAGAUCUAGGCUAGAAUUUCGAGCAAAAAAUCACGUCAUCGCUGCCUUGUUUAGAUGGGAGAAGUACACAACUGAAUUACGUGUAGUUGGUUCUGAAAUGUUCAUACAGGUUUGACGAGCUUAAGCUCUCUAAAGUCAAAUAUAACUAUAAAGAAACAGAAACCAAUUUUUUAAAAAGAGUUUCUCAAUAAAACGAGAUCCAAUCGAACUGCAAUUGUACUGGUACCAUGACUCAAAUACGACGCUUUUGUUCUCUGUGAAUGGUGCGGAAACACUGUUGAUCCCAGGAACGUAAUGCAAAAUCAAUGUUAUUUUCUGCUGUUAAGAUGUCAUGCGUGACUGCGUCACAAAAACAUUUUGAAGCAAGGGUCAAAUUUUGCGUACCUUUCAUCAUCAAUCUCGGUGUCUCGGGUAGAUCUCUAAAAUUGUUUCAAUCAAAAUGUACGCCUUACUUCCUCCAAAACGUAGCACGAUACAUUUUUUUGAUUAUGAAACGCAGUGAAAGGGUUCUAUACUAUCUAGUUCAAAGAGCAAAUUAUCUUAGAAUCGAAAGCUGAAAUCGGUAGUGCAAUUAUCUAAUGCAAGCGUGAUUGUUGUUCAAAGUUCAAAUCUUUUCUCCAAAUUCACUACUUUGUGUUUAUAAGUGCUGCGAUACUACUAGACCUGUCGUGCUAUUCAAAGUUUCAGUUCGCCUCAUUCGUCAUUCACAACUUAAUUACUCGGCCACUAAAUUACAUGAAUUUAUAGAACUAUCUCAUGUACACGCUUGAACCAGUACCCAAAGAAACGUAUCAUGUACCUAAUGACCUCAGACGAAUUCUAGAAGCUAGUGUUUUGAUAUACAAAAUGUUCCCAGCAGCUACGAAAUGAAGCAGACAGUUUCGGGCCGGUAAGGUAGAUAGACCAAUAUCUGCUGCUUAUAGCCAAUCCCUUUAUAGUAUUAACUUAAUCUUGCACGUUUAUGGAGGCAGUCUUGUAAUAAAUGACCUCUCUAGUCGAAAGUUCGAGGAAAUAUAACCAACAGAAAAGAUUCUGACGAGUGUGUUGAAGACCACAUCAUACCGUUAUCGAAAAAAACUUUGAAAUAAAUUAGCUGUUUAAGUUAAGGGCGUAGAUAAUGGUCGGUAUAAUUUCUGAUAAAGCUUAAUGAAGUAUAAACUUUCAUGUAAGUCCAACGUCAAGAAAUGGAGUAUCAUCUUGAAUCAGCAACAAGAAUCCAUCUCGAUUUAGUUUGUAUUAAAUUAAACAACACUGAAGACAAGUUAAAUAAAACAGAAGAUGAGCUGAAUAACACAAAAGAUCAGUUAAAUAAAACAGAAGAGGACCUGAAUAACACAAAAGAUAAGUUGAAGAAGACAGAAGAUAAAUCAAAUAACACAGAAGCUUUGUGAAAUGAGACAAGAGUUGAGUUGAAAAAAAAUGCCAUGGAACUGCAAAAGAUGUCGAGCGUAAAACAUAAAAACGUGUUUUCUUGGCGGAUUGACAGUUUCAGCGAGAUUUUGAAAGAAGCCAAAAACGGAGAAAAACAGAGAAUAGACAGUGAUCCAUUCUACAUCAAAACCGAAACAGAAAGUUUUGGCUACAAGUUAAGAGUAUACAUUUACCCUAAUAGGACUGGAGAUGCAAAGAACACUCACCUGUCGGUGUUCAUCGUUGUAAUGAAAGGUGAAUAUAACGCAAUACUACCCUGGCAUUUCAAUAAGAAAGUCAAGAUCACAUUGAUUGAUCAACAGGAUGAUCCAGACCAACGGGAAAACGUGACCUGUGAAAUCGUUGCGAAAAAUGUUCCGAACUUUGCAAGGCCCAAGACAGAAGAAAACACGGGUAGGGGUUUUCCUCAUUUCAUUCCUCGUUUGAAACUUCAUUCGCGGCGCCACAUUGUGGAUGACACGCUGUUUCAUCAGGUUGAGAUUAGUCCACCAUCUAAUUCAAAAUCCAAUCUUGAAGGUUAAGAAAAUUACAGGGUUACAUUCUCGAUUAAAUCGCGCAAAGAGUGGACUCUGACAAAUCGUUACUAAUUUUCCACGAACAUUUGACUUAAUAUUUAGUUUAUUAAUGCUGUUACCUUGUUGGUAGCGUCAUAAAGCUAAUUGUUUUCUAUCUCCAAUAAACUCAAAUAAAUAUGGACCAACUGUGGAUAACAUGAAGCUAUGAUAGUUUCGAAUCAUGCUCUCAACUCUUGUUUUGCUGCGGAAGAGCCCUUGUUUUGCUGCGGAAGAGCCCUUGUUUUGCUGCGGAAGAGCCCUUGUUUUGCUGCGGAAGAGCCUUUGUUUCACAGAGUGCAUGGUGGCUAAUUGGUAUACUUGAUAAAAUUUAUGAUAAAGAGAGAACAGGGGCUGCCUUCGGCGGCCUCGUUAGGUUCCUUUUGCGACCAAAAUCAGCAAAAUACGAUUAAAACAGCCUUAAGAAUAAAAGAAAUCGAAUCUCAGAUUAGCGAUCCUACUCCAAUAGGCUUCAUUGAUCCAUUAUCGAUUUUUUAAGGUUUGCUGGAUAAUUUAUAAAGCUAGCCAAUGAGCUAACUCCUAGCUAAUACGUUGAUAAGCUUCAAAAUCGCCGGUUUCUACCCAGGUAGAUCUCUCACCAGAAAAUCAGCCUAGCUCCUUCCCAGAUACCUAAAAUGAUUAUGCACUUAAUGUAUGUACUUUGAAGUUAUCUAAAUCUGCCAGCAACUGUCCUUCGCUCUCCGCCCAAAGAUUCACAGGCAAAACGGGGGCCUCUAGGAAUAUCUUGUGGGCAGCUUUUCGUAUUUUUUUUCUUUUUUUUUAGAUAUUGUGAAUCAUUAUGAAUGGAACCUUAGUUGUGAUGACCUUUUUCUUUUCGUAAAUAGAUUUUAUUGCUGGUUGUACCAUUUUAAACAAAUAUAUGUAACACACCAUUCUUAUGACGAUGGCCCCGUAUGCAUAAAAUUUGAAAUUUAUCACUCCUUGACUAUAUUUCCAAAUCCUCCCUGUUAGUAAGUGAUCAGUUCCACAAAUUGCUCGGCCGUGAAAAGAGUUUCGUCCAUGAGGUAA